CUUUGUUAUUUUCAGUUAUAAGUUACUAUAAAACAUUAUACUUUAUGAGUGUUUUUGUAUAAGAUAAAGAUUAGGAUUCGGUCUUUUUUUAUUACUUUAAAUCAACUAUUGAAAUAUGCAUCAUCAUUUAUCUCUAGUUCUUUUUAUUCUAUUAACCAUAGUGAGUAUUAAACAAACCAAUGGAAUACCAAGUGUUUAUUCAGUUUGUGCAAAUUUAACCCAAAGGUGUGAACCACUUUAUCCAUGUUGUUCACCAAAUCUUUGUCAAGUAAUAAGUAGUGGAAUUGGUACGUGUGUAAAAUGUUUUGAACCAGAAGUUGAUUGUCAAUAUAAUCAUGAAUGUUGUAGUGGUCUCUGCUAUAAACAUGCUUGUACAUUUUUAUCACCAAACUAACUUAUGUUACAUACAUAUCGUAUCAUAUCGUCUACAAUAAUAAACAUAUAAUGAUUUAAAAUGUUCUCCAAUUGUUUGAUUACUUUCGACAUAACUAUAAUGUCUGUUUAAUAGUUUUCUGAUAUAAAAGAGUAAUUACACAUUAA